UACCCCCACCACUUGUACAACCACUCAUUUCACUUCUUCUUGGAAUCAGCCAUUGUAUUCUUUUCCUUAACCUGCAUUAAGAGUAUCAGUACAGCAUACACCAUAUAUACAAUUUGAGACUCCCAGCAAUAAGAGAGAAAAGCCAACCAGCUGUAGUCACCAUGACAACCAUUAUAUAUUCCUCGAUUGGAGGCUUAGGAGAGAAAUUUCGCCUUCAAGGCGAGUGCUUUCGCCUGGAAAUGGCAUCAGCAAAUCUAGAAACUACGCAAGGAUUAUUAUGUCAAGUGAAAAAGCAAAGAUUGGAGGAUGCUGUGGCGUCCAGCUUCAGCGGUUUAGCAAGGAGUCCUCAUGCUCUGGCAUCUCAAAUUUCCACCACACAACAAGAAGAGGCUCCAACUUCUCUGAGCUACAAUGAGAAGAUGCUGGCAAAUUAUGUGCCAAUCUAUGUGAUGCUCCCAUUGGGAACUAUUACUUCUGAUAAUGUUUUGGAAGACAGAGACAAGCUUGAAAAACAGCUGAAGGAGCUGCAAGGUGCAGGUGUUGAUGGGGUGAUGAUGGAUGUCUGGUGGGGGAUCGUAGAGUCCAAAGGGCCUAAGGAGUAUGAUUGGAGUGGUUACAGGAGCUUGUUUCAACUGAUUAAAGAAUGUGGGUUGAGAGUUCAAGCUAUUAUGUCAUUUCACCAAUGCGGUGGGAACGUAGGAGAUGCAGUCUACAUUCCACUCCCUCAGUGGGUACUUGACAUCGGAGAAUCAAACCCUGAUAUCUUUUACACUAAUCGGAAAGGUAACAGGAAUAAGGAAUACCUUACUCUUGGUGUGGAUAACCAGCCUCUCUUUCAUGGACGAACUGCUGUCGAGAUAUACAGUGAUUACAUGAAGAGUUUUAGGGAUAACAUGUCAGAUUUCCUACAAUCUGGACUUAUAAUAGACAUUGAAGUUGGCCUUGGCCCUGCAGGAGAGCUUCGAUACCCAUCUUAUCCAGAAAGUCAAGGGUGGGUCUUUCCAGGGAUUGGAGAAUUUCAGUGCUAUGACAAAUAUCUCAAAGCAGAGUUCGAGAAGGCUGCAGUCAGUGCAGGCCAUCCUGAAUGGGAAUUGCCAGAUAAUGCAGGGGAAUACAAUGACAAACCUGAAUCUACAGAAUUCUUUGGAACAAAUGGGACAUAUCUUACCGAUGAAGGGAAGUUCUUCUUGACUUGGUAUUCUAACAAAUUACUGAACCAUGGUGAUCAGAUCCUGGACGAAGCCAACAACGCUUUCCUGGGCUGUAAAGUAGAGUUAGCAGCAAAAGUUUCUGGAAUCCACUGGUGGUAUAAAGCCGACAAUCAUGCUGCAGAGCUUACUGCAGGAUAUUAUAACUUGAAUGACAGAGAUGGUUAUCGACCUAUAGCAAGGAUGCUAUCAAGGCACUAUGGCGUUUUGAACUUCACAUGUUUAGAGAUGAGAGACUCUGAACAAAGAGCUGAUGCAAAAAGUGGGCCUCAGGAACUUGUUCAGCAGGUCUUGAGUGGAGGUUGGAGAGAGAACAUUCAAGUUGCUGGGGAGAAUGCACUAUCAAGGUAUGAUAGUGCUGCUUAUAACCAAAUCCUUUUGAAUUCUAGACCAAAUGGUGUCAACAAAGAGGGCCCACCAAAACUAAGAAUGUAUGGGGUUACAUACCUCCGUUUGUCAGAUGAUCUUCUUCAAAAAGCAAACUUCAGUAUAUUCAAGAUAUUUGUGAAGAAGAUGCAUGCAGAUCAGGAUUACUGUCCUGACCCAGAAAAGUACAACCACCACGUAGUUCCAUUGGAGCGGUCAAAACCAAAGAUUCCGAUUGAAGAACUUCUGGAAGCAACCAAACCAGAGGACCCAUUCCCAUGGAACAAAGAAACAGAUAUGAGUGUAGGUGGUGGACUCAUUGCUAUUUUGGUAAACAAGUUAUUUUCAAUAUUUAAGUGAGCACAUCCAAAUGGGAAACGAAGCAGCCACAUGAUGAGCUGAAUAAAGUAGGUGGGCUUGUAUCAUCAAUAAUUGCCAUUCAAUGGCAAUGUCCAAACAAUCUCAGAUGUCUACUUCCGAAUAAAAGAAUCUGUAUUUCCCUUA